AUGGAAAACUUCAGCACAGCAUGCCUGUGGCUUGUUUUUGCAUCACAUUUGCUUUUCCUGCCACUGACAGGGUGGUGCAAACCUGUCAUCACCCCCACUGGGCCUUAUAUCGUUGUUCCCAAGAGGGGGAAGCUGGAGCUCCAUUGCCAUGACAAUGCUACAACAUCUGGCGCCACAUUCAGGUUGAGGUGGCAGAGGGAGAACUCUCGCAGACUGGAGGGGGAGUCGGAGGAAGCCGGCGUGGCUGUUGUCAAGGUGCCCGUAGUGCAAGCCUACCACAUGGGCCGCUACGUGUGCAUCAAUAAUAGCACAAAGGAGCACACCUCUAUUUACGUAUAUGUGAACGACCCUGUCAAUAGUGCGUUCCAGCGCACUAUGGUCAACGUAAUCCUGGUGCGAGCGGGCGAGAACUGUACCAUUCCCUGUGUUGUGACCAAUCCAGAAGUCACGUUGCUGGCUUUACAGACAUGUGAAGGGCGACCUUUGCCCUCCAAUAUGAAAUACUGGGCCCACAACGAGCAAGGCAUCAUCAUAGAUAAUGCGAAAAUGGAGUUUGAAGGUUGCUACAUGUGUGUUGGACAGCUUGGAGCAGAAAAAGUGACAUCGAGCCAAUACACAGUAGAUGUGCUGCUAGUUCCAUUGGCGCUCCCAGUCAUUACAUUAUCCCAGAGGGACAUGGUCAUCUUGCGUAAAGGAGAGAAGUUUGAGCUUACUUGUAGCUCUACCAAUGUCAACCCAUACUUUCAAGUCAAGUGGGACUAUCCGUCAACAGCGCAUCCAGAAGAAACUCACACCUCACACAUCUUGUCUGGCUCUCGAGGUUAUGAACGGUCCUCUUUGCUCUCUAUCCGAUCUGUUAAGCAAUCGGAUUCGGGGAUGUACCACUGCUUGGCCCACAAUGAGAUUGGUAGCAGCUCCACACCACUACACCUUGAUGUCUGUGAUAAGGGAUUCAUUACAAUGUUAAGUCCCCCAAGUCCCGUCCAGGCCGGGGUCCGAGAGGGGGAGAGCUUGAAUCUAAAAGUGGAGUUUGAGGCCUACCCAUUCCCCAGCAAUCUCUCUUGGUCUUACAAUAACAAACAACUGCUCAACACCACAGAGCAUGUUAUCACAAUCCACCAGCACAAAUACAGGUUUAUUAGUGAGCUGAAACUGGUGAGAGUUCUUGGCUUAGAGGGUGGCAUCUAUAAAUUCUCAGCCAGUCAUGAAGAUGCAUCCGUCGACCAUUUAUUUCACGUAUAUGUCAAUAGUAAGCCGGUCAUCAUCGCUCAGGAAGGGCCAGUCGACGAUCAGGUGCGGUGUGUUGCUGCCGGUCACCCAGUACCAAAAAUCAGCUGGUACAUCUGUGACGUUCCCCACACAAGGUGCUCACACCUGCCCAAUGCCACCCAAUGGGAGACUGCAGAUGUCGCCAUGGUGACAGAGUCCACCUUUAGUAGAAGUGAGGUGGAGAGUCGACUGAACAUUAGCAAGGAGCAUGGCAACUACCAUACACUGGAGUGUGUGGCCUCUACAGAGCAUGAAGAAGCAUAUACGCUCUUCUCAAUUAGCGAACGACUUGUCCCCCAUGAACUGUUUACACCGCUUCUAACUGGCAUGGUGGCCACUGGUGCCUUCCUCUGCCUCAUCCUGGUGGUGCUGCUCUACAAAUACAUGCAGAAGCCUAAAUUUCAAAUCCAAUGGAAAGUCAUCGAAAGUAUCCACGGCAACAACUACAUUUAUUUUGACCCCACCCAGCUUCCCUAUGACUCCAAAUGGGAAUUUCCUCGGCAGAAAUUACGUUUUGGUAAAAUCCUGGGUUCUGGAGCAUUUGGAAAGGUGGUGAGAGCUACGGCGUAUGGCAUGUGCUCAGCUGACACAGUGACUACUGUUGCCGUCAAGAUGCUCAAACCGAACGCUCACGCCACAGAAAAGGAGGCGCUGAUGUCAGAGCUGAAGGUGCUCAGUUACCUCGGCAACCACAUGAACAUCGUCAACCUGCUGGGGGCCUGUACGAUUGGAGGUCCAAUUUUAGUUAUCACUGAAUACUGUUGCUAUGGCGACCUCCUCAACUUCCUGCGCAGAAAAAGAGAGUCUUUCCUAAAUUCCCAAACCGGCAACGGUUACUAUCGCAACAUCUCCAAGCAAACAGAGCCCGCAAGCGGAGAAGUGACCGGCACAGAAUAUAUGCCUAUGCGUCCCUCAGACAAAGAAAGGUCUUCACAGUCAGAAGAUGUAGAUGAACUUUCUUUGGCUGCUGAAGAUCUCCUGAGCUUCUCUUACCAAGCAGCCAAAGGGAUGGAGUACAUCACCUCUAAAAAUUGCAUCCACAGGGACCUCGCAGCCAGAAAUGUUCUACUGACUCACGGUAGGGUGGCCAAGAUUUGUGACUUUGGCUUGGCACGGGACAUCACCACCGAUUCCAGCUACGUGCUACGAGGCAACGCACGUCUUCCAGUCAAGUGGAUGUCGCCUGAGAGCAUUUUUGAUUGCGUCUACACAUAUGAGAGUGACGUGUGGUCUUACGGCAUCUUGUUAUGGGAAAUCUUUUCUUUGGGUAACAGUCCCUAUCCCGGGAUGCAGGUGGGCUCAGCAUUUUAUCGACUGAUUCAAGAGGGCCACAGGAUGAGCAAGCCUGAGUUUGCACCCACUGAGAUGUAUGACAUGAUGCUUUCAUGCUGGAAUCAAGACCCUUUGAAAAGACCCUCUUUCAGAAAGCUGGUAGAAAGGACAGAGCGUCUUCUGUCGGAGAAUACCCGGAAUGUUUACCUGAAGCUGAGUAAUGCUGCAGGUCCCUCGGCGAAUGAGAGGGUAUCAUCACGGAGACUGAGCUCUGUGUGCAGCACCACAGCACCCAACCAGCCUUUACUGCAGAAUACCGUAGACGUCUUUCUGGACUAUGUCUGA